AUGCAGACAGCAGUAGACGCGGCAGGAAAUACACGCCUUAGAGCUUCCUUGGAGCGAUCAGCAGCAGGCGGGGCGCCCAGUAUUGGCCAAUGGUUAGAGUUUCCUGGCUAUACACUCGCAAGGACUGUAGCUUCAUUGGGCAGUGAUUGGGUGCUCAUCGACUGCGAGCAUGGAAACAUUGACGAUGCCGCCAUGUAUCACGCCAUAGCUGCUGUGUCCACCGCUGGCUCCAGUCCCAUCGUCAGAGUUGCUGGAAGUGAAAAUUGGAUGAUCAAGCGAGCUCUGGACGCCGGAGCACAUGGCAUCAUGGUCCCGAUGUGCGAGACUGUCGAGCAAGCAAAAGCGGUGGCUCGUUUCGCUCACUAUCCCAAUGCGUCCUUUCCACAAGGGACUCGUGGUUGUGGCGGACUCUUUGCCAACGCCAGCUUCAACGCCUCUCCUCAGGACUAUCUGCGCCACGCGAACGAGCGCAUAACCGUGAUAGUGCAAAUAGAAACACGAGCGGGAGUUGAGAAUUGCGAAGAGAUCGCCGGGGUAGAUGGCAUUGACGCUCUGUUUAUUGGUCCGAACGAUCUCGCUUCCAGCCUAGGUCACUUUGCCUUCGAUCAUCCCAAGAUUGCUGAAGUCCAGGAGGCGACCUCGAAAGUUCUGGCUGCUGUCAAAGCAAAAGGCAAAUUUGGCGGUCAUUGGUGUACAGKAGCCGACCAAGCCGCAGAGCGUCUGAAGCUUGGCUGGCAUUUUGUGAAUUGUGGAGCGGAUAUCGUAGCUAUUACCGGAUGGAUGACCGCCGAAAUGGCGAAGUUGAAGCAGCUGACAUCCAGCUGA